AUGUCGUCGUUGCUAGGUGUGAGGGACGAUCGCCGGUCCAGAUCGAAAUCUCCCAGUGGCCGUGACAGGGACCGGUCGCGGUCACGCUCACGCGACACUCGGACCCAGGACGUGGACGAGCGGGACGAGUAUGGCAGCAGACGCUCAAGUCGGAUCUACUCAAAAGAAGAGUCGGGAUCAGAAGGCGAGCGCAAAUACAAGGAAAGGAAAUCAAGCAAGAAAUACUACGAUGAGGAUGACGACCAAGAUACUCGAAGAAGGAAGAGUAGCUCGAAAAAGUACGGAGAUGAUAGCGAGGAGGAGGACAAAUACCGCUCGCACAGGUCAAGCAAGGACUCUCGCGCGAGGGACGUCUCUAUUUCCGACCAUGAUAGGGGAUAUGAUCGCUCCAAGAAGAAGUCGGACAGUGACUCCGAUCGACGCAGACACAAGCGAGAGACGUCGAGCAGGAACAAAUAUGACGACUCAGAAGACGAGACUUCAGACUCUCGUCGCAGAUACAAUGACAGCAAUGGCCACUCCAAUGGAACAUAUGGUCAACUCCCGGGCCCCUACCAAGAGAUCCGACCUGCAGCAGCCCGCCAUAGCAGCUAUGGACCCGCAGACCUGCGGUACGCUGCUCCAGGAGCAUUCCCUGGCGAUGCUGGUCCUACCGCUCAACACAUGCACUCGUACAGUGGUUCGAGCGCACCCCAGUACGCUCACGUCGACCAAUUCAAGUACGCAGACCCAAGUCAAAUAACUCAGAGAAAGCCGGAGUAUGAACGGACUCGGCCAUCAGAGCAUGAACGUACCAGACCAUCAGAGUACGAACGGUCACGACCCCAGGAUACUAAAGACAGUGACAGCGACCGCAGACGAAAUAAAUACGAAACCCGUACACACAGAAGCGAGUCCGAUGAUGAUAGAUAUGAGACUCGUGAACCCAAGAACAAGAAGUAUUAUGAUGAUGAUGAUGAUGACGACGACAAGUACGACCGACGGAGCAAGAAGUACUCCCGCGACAAGCACGCCUCCUCGGUUGACGAUGUAUCACAGAGAAUGGCCGGCCUGGCGGUAGGGUCAGCAGCGCUGGGCGCUGCAACUCUGGGCGUUGGUCGACAGAACCACAACGAGGGUGGCAAACCGCCGGCCUCACCCUUGUUAGAGCCAUACAAAGGAACCUACCAAUCCAUUUCCCCCAUGCCUUCAGCCUUGGUGCUGGGGAACCAUCGAGAUGACUCUGAUCUGUCCGACUUGGAUCUAGGACUAGACGGUGACUCGGACGGUCCAGACGCUGUCCUACACCGCAAAAUUCGCAAGCUUGAAAAGGAAAAGGAGAAAUACACCAAAGGACAGAAAGGCAGCCUCGCCUUCACCGAGAAGACCGAAGAAGUACGCUUGCGCCGUCUGCCUGACAUUGACACCAAUGUAAUGAUGGAAGUGCGUGAACCAGGAAGUAGCCACCGCAACCGCUCACCAUCAGCGAGCAUAUUGUCGCCUGGAGGAGGCAACGGCAAGAGAAAGUCUGUGUCCUUCUACGACCCGACAGAAGACGCCAAACGUAUCGCUGCUGCACUAUCAGGGACUCGUACUCCUCCCGACCCCAGACCACUGGUACGAAUCCUGCCAGGUCUCACGACAGAUGAUCUCAUCGCCCUGAAAGCCGAGUACAAAAACCAUGCCAAGGUGAGUGGCCAAGGCAUCAACAUGGCGAAGCACAUCAAAAUGCGUAUACCCGGCAACUUGGGAAAAGCUUGUUACGCCACUGCGCUUGGACGGUGGGAGAGCGAGGCAUACUGGGCGAACUCGUGGUACCAAGGAGGUGCAUCCAGACGGGAGCUGCUGAUUGAGAGUCUCAUGGGCCGCUCGAACAGUGAUAUCCGUGAGAUCAAAAAUUGCUUCAAGGACAAGAAAUACAAUGAUGACCUGGAGAAGUGCAUCAAGACGGAACUCAGAGCCGACAAAUUCCGCACGGCGCUCCUCCUCGCCUUGGAAGAGCGGCGCACGCCCGAGUCCUCGCCCCUGGACAUCAAGCUCGUGAAACACGACGUGGUGCAGCUGGCGGAAGCGCUAGAGUCCCCGGGUGGGGAGACGGCCAUGAUCAAGAUCAUCGUGGUCCGCAGCGACGCUCACCUACGUGAAGUGCUCAGGCUAUUCGAGCGGACGUAUGGCGUCAAUUUCGCGCGGCAGAUGAUUUCAAAGUCACGGAACCUGGUCGGGGAGACGUUGGCACAUAUCUUGAAUGGGGCGUUGAACCGGCCAAUGCGUGACGCAUUGCUCCUUCACCAGGCGAUUAGCGAGACCGCUCCGGGAAAGGAACGAACCGAGCUGCUGAUUUCCAGACUGGUCAGGAUGCAUUGGGAGCCCAGGCAUUUGGAGAAGGUCAAGGCCGUGUACAGAGAGAAGUAUAGACAGAGCGUGGAAGAUGCGAUCAAGCGGGAGGUCUGGUCGGGGAUGAAGACGCACGAGGGCAGGCUUGCUGCGGACUUUUGCUUAGAGUUGGCCAUGAGCAGUUCGCGGUAUUGA